AUCUCAACGCCUUCAAAUCAUGCCCAACCUCAACCAAAUGCUGAUGAAGUUAUAGCGGGACCUCGAGGGUCAAAAGUAAUUGUUUCUGUUGAACCGCAAACGGAGAUCGCAUAUCAAUCCGACGAUGAAGAUUGCGAACCUCCUGUCUUAGUUUCUCAAGUUGGUCCGACUGUUGAAAAAAAUCAAGUUGAUGAGGAGGAUGCUGAUAACAAUGAUAACGAAGUUGAAGUCGAAUCAGACUUCGAAGAUGAAACAGCUCCAAUCCCAUACAUCCCAUCUGGAAAAGUAAUAGGAGCUUUGUCGAAUCCAGACGAUGGAACAAAACCUAAAAUGGAAUGCCCCAUAAAAACCUAA